AUGGCGUAUUUCUGCGAACUCCGGCCGCAGAUUCUGGCAAUCCUCGAUGGUGGAUUUUGGCGAAUUCCGGUGGUAGCUGUCGACCUUCUGCAGGGGCGUAGAACGAAUUGCGAGAGAGAGAGCAACAAUUUGGUUGAAGCGGAUUGGGGAUUAUCUUUAAAGGAAGAAUUGAAAUUCCAGAAGCGACUUAUAAAUCUUAAGAAGUCUGCAAUUAAAAGUAUUCAAACAAGAGAUGGAGAUAUAUAUGACUGUAUUGAUUUCUACAAACAACCUGGGUUUGAUCAUCCUUUUUGGAAGAAUACUACAUUUGAGAUGAAACAUAAGUUGUUUGUAGAAGGAAUGAGAUCCAAAAGGAAUUUACCAUUAAAUAUUGGGCUAAAAGGUGCAGGUUGUCCUCAGGGAACAGUUCCUAUAAUAAGAAUCAAUAAAGAUGACUUGGCAAGAGCAAAAAUUCUUUCAACAAUAUAUUCUUCAAAUAUAGAUGAAGAAGAACCUGGACAUCAUUAUGCAAUACUUCAAACAAAAACUGACACCAAUAGGAAGCUUGUUGGAAUUGAAUCAUAUUUUAGCUUAUAUAAUGCAAAAGGAGUCAUUGGAUCUCAGUAUAGUGAAUUUCGGAUGGCACUUUCAAAUGGUUUUGACACCAUAAAAACAGGUUUCACGGUAAAUCCUUUACUGUUCAAAGACAACCAGACACGGCUGUUUGCUCACAUCAGGAUUGAUGGAAGAACACAAUGUUUCAAUCAACAUUGUCCUGGAUAUGUGCAAAUAAAUUCUCAAAUACCUCUAGGUUGGGCGACAAAAGAGAUUUCUGUUGUAGGUGGAGAACAAUUUUCCAUUAAAUUGCGAAUUAAUAAGGAAAUACAUGGCGGGCCAAAUUCAACAAAAUUUGUUUGGACAUUAUACUUUGAUGAGGAGAAUUCUGUAAUUGGUUUUUGGCCCCCGGCACUUUUUGGGAAAUUGAGUGAGUUUGGGAAUCAAGCCGAUUGGGGAGGAGAAGUGUAUAGUCCACUAGAUCAGCCUAGUCCCCCUAUGGGUAGUGGCCUGAGGAAUACAAGAUAUAGAGCUUAUAGUCGGCGAAUUGCAGCUGCGUAUGAGAAUGCAAAGUUUCAUUUUGUCAAUCCAAUCGAUACAGAGGUGUAUGCGUCUAAUCCACGUGCAUACAAUAUUCAUGAUUUUGGCUGUCAUGAUGAAUAUUGGAGACGUUUUAUUUCUUAUGAUGGUCCUGGCGGAAUCAAAGGAGCUUGA